CAGAACGUAGGGACAGUGGGGCGAACACGGGAGAAAACACUAGAAAACGGCGUAGUUUGGAAGAAGUCGGGGCAGGCUUUCCACGAGAAGUCCAAUCCUCCCUGUUUGUGGGCUCGGUGCUUCGGUGGCCUUCUACACAUGAGCAACUAGACCUCAACCUCUGACCUUGGCGUGAUCUUUCACCUCUUCUACCAAACCACGCCCACAGGUGAAGUGUGUAUGGAGCAGUGUGAGAGCGCAGCGGCUCUGCUGGAGUCAGUCAGAGAGCAGGAGGUGCAGUUUGAACAGCUGACCCGGGCGGAGGAGAGGAGGAGAGUGGGCCUCCCUGCCACCAGCCCCUCGGCCCUGGGUUGCCCCCUCCCUCACACACAGAACGGGCGUUUGGGGGAUGCAGACAUAGAACGACUGAAACUAAGUGACUCAUACAUAAACGGCACACAGCUACACUACAGGAUGGUGGACCCUGCACAUGGUGCUCUAGAUGAGAGCUACACACCAGAGGAUGACUCCCAGGAAGUACACUCUGUCUUUUCUGAUGAGGGAACCACACGGCGGCCAGACAAUGGGAUAAACAAACCAGUCUCGCGCACAGUUCUUCCCUCUGACCCAAUGUCCAUUGAUGGGGGCUUGUCAGUGCCUGGUAUGGGCGGAUACAGCGCCACUCUGGACCGUCCUUACAGGCACCCUGGUGCAGGAGACUACCCCACUGCCACAGUACCCAGAAACUACCACUACGGCCCUGUUGGGGUCUAUGAUGACUGCCGAGGAGGCCCACCAUCAGAGGCCUACACUAGUCUCAGCAGGGGCUCACACAUGGAUGAACGCUACAGGCCAAUUGAUGGCUACAGGACUCUGGACUCUGGCUACCGGGCCCCAAGCCGCCAGCAGCUUGAUCCCUAUGUAGCACAGCCACAGGCGAGUCGGGGAAUGAGGGCUUUGGGCUCAGCUAUGGAGAUGCGGUAUGGCCACGGUCACUAUGGCCUUGAGGAUGACCAGCGCAGUGUGGGAUAUGAUGAAUAUGGCAUGGGGCCUCCACCCAUGCACCCUGGGGGCUAUGGGACCAUGCCACGUCUGGGGCCCGGCCCUGGGGCUAUGGACAGACGAAGACUCAGGAGCUAUGAAGAUACUUUGGACAGUGACAUGGGAGGAGUUGACCCUUAUGCCUGGGCUGUUCCUGUGACAAUGGAGAGAGGGAGCAUGGCCUCAUUGGACAGCACACUGAGAAAGGCUCCUCCUGCCUCAUGGAGACAGCCGGAGCUGCCCGAGGUCAUCGCCAUGUUGAACUACCGCUUGGACCCUGUCAAGACCAAUGCUGCCGCCUUCCUCCAGCAUCUUACAUUCAAAAAUGAUAAGGUUAAGUCAGAGGUUCGUCGCCUGAAGGGUAUUCCAGCCCUGGUGUCGCUGCUGGACCACCCCAGUAAGGAAGUGCACCACUCGGCCUGUGGAGCACUAAAGAAUAUUUCAUACGGACGAGACCAAGACAACAAGAUUGCCAUCAAGAACUGUGAUGGCGUACCUGCUCUCGUCAGGUUACUGAGGAAAACCCAUGACCAGGACCUCACUGACACUAUCACAGGCACCUUGUGGAACCUCUCAUCCCAUGACUUUGUAAAAAUGGAGAUUGUGGACCACGCCCUGCACGCUUUAGUUGACGAGGUGAUCGUUCCGCACUCAGGCUGGGAGCGAGGGAGCAACGGAGGUGAGGAGAGCUGCAAACCACGCCAUCUGGAGUGGGAGACCGCCUUGACCAACACUGCUGGCUGCCUUAGGAAUGUGAGUUCAGAGCGCAGCGAGGCCAGGCGAAAGCUGAGAGAGUGCUCAGGAUUGGUGGAUUCACUCAUGUACAUUGUCCAAUCACAGAUAAACCGCAAAGAUGUAGAUAAUAAGUUGGUGGAGAACUGUGUCUGCCUCUUGAGGAAUCUGUCCUAUCAGGUUCACCGUGAAGUCCCCGGCUGUGAACGCUUUGCAGAAACCACCUCCCACAACCAGGGACCGGCGCCUACUAACAAAGGUGGCUGCUUUGGCUCCAGAAAGGGCAAAGAUGAGUGGUUUUCCAAAGCAAAGAAGGAUGGAGAUGAUGGAAGUGGAGAUCACAUUGAUAUUCCAAAGAGGACAACACCUGCCAAAGGCUACGAGCUGUUGUUCCAGCCAGAGGUGGUCCGCGUUUACACUUCACUGCUCAGAGAGAGCAAGAACCCAUCAGUGCUGGAGGCCGCUGCUGGGGCCGUCCAGAACCUGUGCGCCGGCCGAUGGACUUAUGGUCGCUACAUUCGUGCCACUGUGCGUCUGGAGAAGGGGCUUCCCAUGAUGGCGGAACUGCUGUCUCACGGCAAUGAUCGCGUGGUCAGAGCAAUGUCCGGAGCCUUGAGGAAUCUCGCCAUCGACAACCGCAACUGUGAACUCCUCGGUUUGCAUGCUGUGCCUCACCUUGUGGCUAACCUGCCUGGAGGCCAGAGUCAGUCUGGGCGCACACUAUCUGAAGAGACGGUGGUGUCUGUACUGAGCACGCUCGCCGAGGUCUUAGGCAACAGGAUGGAGGCAGCGAAGACCCUCCGAACCUCACAGGGCAUUGAGAGGCUGGUACUCAUCACUAAGGACAGCAAACGCUCAGAUCGGGAGGUGCGGGGUGCAGGUCAGGUGCUACAGCUCAUCUGGGCACACAAGGAGCUGCGCCGGCCUCUCGAGAAGGAUGGCUGGAAGAAGUCCGACUUCAUGGUCAAUCUUAACCCCAGCACCGCCACCACCAAUGGCCCGAGCACCCGAGCUAAUGGCAUGUAUGAAGACAGCACCACACCGCUGCUGGACAGAGGGGAAAAGAAGGACAUGAUUCCACUAAAUGACCUCGGCCCCGAGGCCUACUCUACACUGGACCAGAGAGAGGGGAGACACACUCUGGAUGAGACUGCAGACACUUUACCGCGAGGGGUGUAUGGGGGCAGAAAGGGCUCCCUGCCUCUGUUGGACUCCUACGAUGGUUAGCCCCCCCCUCCCCUCCCCCCCCCUCUGCAUGUAACAGCAUGAAAAACUGAUCGUGUGCAUCACCCAGACUGGGCCAUUCCCGCCCUACCACUGCUACUGAGGAGAGAAGAUCCAGAUGCACAGACUCUCUCCCUUUCUUCUCCUCCCCCACCCACACCCCCGUCACAACACAGAUGGGAUCAGAAGUCGAGGGUUGGCAUCCAAAGAAAGUGGUUGUGUUGCAGGCAAAAGCUGUCACGCAGCACACAAAUACAUACACACCUACUUUUUACAAGUUCAUUCAAGUGUAGCAACAGGAAUAUAUUCAGUUUUUAAAUUAUAGCUGUUCUGUAAAGGCAAUCACCAUUGUUGACAAUCAUUUAAUUCUGGUGUUGUCAUUCUGCUUGUUUGAUUUUUUUUCUCCAUGCUCUUGUCAACAUUUUUUCCAUAAGUUGUCAUAGUUGACGUUGCUGCCAACACCCGCAUCCUAGUGAUGAAUUUGUACGUAGAAUUCUAUGUAGGGUAUAUACUGUAUAUAAAAAGAAAAUGGGAUGAUUGCAUUAGUUUUGGCUCAUUAAAUUAAAUUCCUUACUGGGAUUGCUGGGAGGUUGGGGCACGCCGGCGGCCAUCCUGUAGAUCGAGAAUGUAUAGGAGUUAUUUUCCUGUCUAGAGGUAUUUUCUCUUGGUUGGGAUGAGCACAGGUGUAGACAAGAAAGGGCAGGUGUGUGUAUAUUUGUCAAACAGCAAACCUGUGUGUAUGUGUAAGAAAGUGAAUAUGGACCUUUUGAGUGAGAGAGAGUGUGUGUGUGUGUGUGUGUGUGUGUGUGUGUGUUGGACCAAACCCAUAAGACCACAUCUGUUGUGAAAUUUUUUUAUCGUGUGCUCCUGUGAAAGCAUUUUUUUUUUUUUUUUUAGUUUAUAUGUACCGACUGCCUUUUUUUUGUUUGAUACCUUUAAUUUCCUGCUUUUUUUUUUUUCUUACUUCCCCAGUUUAAAAAAAAAAAAGAUUUAAGCUGCUAUUUUGACAUUUCAGCUUGGAUUUGGCCAAACCGACCAAUAUUACACACCAGACGUGGUGCUGAAAUGUGAAGCUGCGAAAACACACACACACACACACACACACACACACUACUAAACUAGUCCUGGCUCUACUCUAUAGAUGCGACCUACUUUACAGUUUCUUCAUUUAGAAGGUAACAAACUCUUCUCGUCAUCUCUUUAAGUCUGUUUUGUCCAAAAAUGUAACUACUUGCUGAGACUUGAGUUGUAACGGACAAAUACUAAUGUUUAAUUUGAGAGAUGGGCAAAAAGCACAUUUUGGUCAAAAUUGUUUUUCACUUUGUUUUAUUUUGGGGUUUAUAUGUGAGGGAACGGUGGCUGAACUUUAUGCAAUUUGUUCUACUUUUUAGUCCCAGUUUUACCACUGAGUUGUUUUUAAA